AUGCCGGGACGGCUCUCACUCACUCCUCUCUAAUUUUCCCGUUCUCCUUUUUUUUAGGAUCACUGUAUAUAUAUUUUCUUUUCUUUUCUCUGAGGCACUGUAAGUAAUUUAUAAUUUUGAAGGGAAGGGGGAGUGUUUGUUGGGAAGCUGUUUCUUUGAGAGAGAAACUGCAGCAUUGGAGAAUUGGAGAGCUAAAACUCGAGAACCGGAUUUACAGAUAUUAGACUCCCCUUCUGGUCAUUUGAAUAGGAAGAUGCUAUAAUUGAGAAUUCAGGGAAGAGAUGUAUCAAAGCUCAUUUCUUACUAAUGAUAAAUCGCUCUCAGAAAUCUAAAAGUUUCAUAAAGAAAAACGGUGAAUGGAAGCAUUUUGCUGAGAUAUGGUGUUGCAGACUAGUGGAAGGAAUUAAAGGAGACUGGAAAUGCUGAACAGGUUUUCUAGACGGUUGUUCUGCACUGCCUCUCCUCGACCGUGGCUUUUCGUGGGCUUGGGCAACCCUGGGGAUAAAUACAAAGGAACAAGACACAAUGUGGGGUUUGAGAUGAUCAAUGCCUUUGCUGAAUCACUAGGGAUUCCAAUGGACACAGUUCAUUGCAAAGCAAUCUUUGGACAAGGUUUUGUUGGCGAUGUUCCUGUUUUCCUCGCAAAGCCUCAGACUUACAUGAAUUUGAGUGGUGAAUCAGCUGGCCCACUUGCAGCUUAUUAUAAGCUACCUCUUAAUCGUGUGGUUGUGUUUCAUGAUGACAUGAGCUUGCCAUGUGGGGUGCUCCGUCUUCACCACAAAGGAGGCCAUGGAAACCACAAUGGGUUGAAGAGCGUGAUUUAUCAUUUUCGAGGGAACAGAGAAUUUCCUCGGCUAAGAAUUGGUAUUGGAAAGCCUCCUGGUCAAAUGGAUCCCAAAGCAUUCUUGCUCCAGAAGUUCAGUGCAACAGCUCGAGAACGAAUUGAUGCUGCUUUACAAGAAGGGGUUGGUGUACUGAAGCUCCUUACAUCAAAGGGAUUGACAGAGAGUGCAAGAUGCUUCAACACAGAGCAAAAGUACAAGCAUAUAAGAGUGCAGAACAUGCAGACAUAACAUCUUCAAGCGUUCUUUUCUGUAAAUUUAUCCACAAAGCAUGUGAUUUUUUUUUUCUUUUUUCGUAAAUGAGUGUUUGGAUUCUUUAUAUCUCAUGUCAAGAAUGAAAAUAUUCAUGAUAUUUUCGAUAUUUCCAUCGAAAUACACCUAAUUUAGGGUUAGGAAUAUUGAAAGAGGGGCUAAUAUUUGACUACCCUCCUUUUCUAAUUUUAUAUGGAAUUUUGAAUAUGAUACAA